UCGAUAAAACAAACUUCGUGUUUACAAAUAAAGAUUCGUAUCAAUAUUUCGCAAGUGAUUUAGGCAACCAAUAAUUUCAAAUGAAUUUCCGAGCAUUGGGUAGUGUGGCAUUAAAAGCUGCUGCUGUGAGAAGUUUAUUUAAGCCAUCGUUAAAUCAGCGUGGGAUAUCAACAAUAGGAACACGAUUUAGCAAAGCAUAUGAUUAUGAUGGCAAAACAAAAGUUUCCAUUUUCAACACCGAAACGGACAUGGGGCUUAUGAUUACAGGAUAUAGCCAAUAUGGAUUCCGGCUCAACAACAAUAUGGUACUAAUAGGCCCUAUUACUGUAUUUCCUAGAUCCGUACUGUCGUGGAACGUGAACUCAUUUGAAGAUAUAACUGAAGAAAGUCUUUCACUUUUUCCCACAUUGGAACCGAAAAUCGAUGUACUUAUAAUAGGCAUCGGCGACCAGAGUCCAACAGCCAGUCUGACAAAGCGAAUAAUUAAAUUUAUGAAAAAGUACAAUAUAAAUGUAGAAAUUCUUCGCACAGAACAGGCGUGUGCUACGUUUAAUUUUCUGAAUGCUGAAGGCAGAAUGGCAGCGUGUGCUCUUAUACCUCCGCUACACAUCACUUACAAUGAAAACGACGUUCUCCAAAGUAAACUAAAGCAACAACAGCUUUAUGAGACAGAAUAAAGAGCUAUAAUCGUAA